AUGCCGCGCGCCGAGGUAGGAUCGACCAAGUACAUCGCCAACCAGAUGAAGGCCAAAGGCCUCCAGCGGUUGCGAUGGUACUGUCAAGCAUGCCAGCGCCAAAUGCGCGACGAGAACGGCUUCAAAUGCCACGUCGCGUCCGAAUCGCAUGUUCGACAAAUGCAGCUCAUCGGCGAAGACCCCCGCAAAGCGAUCCGCGACUUCUCCAACCAAUUUCUCAAGGACUUCAUCCAACUACUGCGGACGGGCCACGGUGAGAAAAAGGUCAACGUCAACCACUUCUACCAAGAGUACAUCUCGAACAAGGAACACAUCCACAUGAACGCCACCAGGUGGAACAGUCUGACCGAGUUUGCCAAGUAUCUAGGCAGGGAAGGCAUAUGCCGGGUGGAUGAGGACGAGAAGAACGAAGCCCGCGGCGGCGCGAGCGCCCUGAUGAUUAGCUGGAUCGACAAUAGCCCCGAAGCGCUGCGGCGGCAGGAAGCCAUACGGAAAAAGGAGAGACAAGACAGGGGUGACGAGGAGCGCGAGCAGCGGAUGAUCCAGGAACAGAUCCGCAGAGCCAAGGGGCAGAGUCGGGCUGAAGAUGAAGAUGACGCGGAGGACGACAUGCCCCCCAACGACGAAGCACAGAUUGAAGGCGAAAGCCACGGCAUCAAGCGAAAACAUGGAGAGAAGAUCGUCCUCAACUUUGGAGCGAAAAAGGUGACCCCUGGAGUCGGCCCGGCUGCGUCGCCAACGCCCCCUCUCUCGGACAAAGGUGAUGAUUCGCCUUCUGAGAAGGACAAGGAGCAGCAAAAAGGCGAAGAUACAGCACCUUCACCAACUCGAGCCUCAUCAGCCAGCACACCUCCCGACACCACAGACACUGCUACUCCGUCAACACAACCUCCGUCGGGAGCGAAACAAGUACAACCAUCCAUAUCAGUGUCCUUCGGCCCCACGACAAGCAAGCCCAAGAACGUCUUCGCCGCAGCGUCCAAGAAGAACAAUCCUCUGAAUGGCGCGAAGAAACAGCCCGUCCCGCCAUCCGCGCAAAGACCCAUGAGCGAGGCCGAGCGCAUCAUGAAGGAAGAGCUCGAGCGCAAACGACAGCGCGAAACGAAUGGGAAUGGCUUGAAGGGCGGAAAUGGGAACGGGAACGUCUUCAAGAAGCAGCGCGUUUCGUAG